ACAGACUAAAGAUCUGAGAGAGAAGGCACAGAGGUUACAUGGAUGUGAGAGACGCCGGGCCCAUGCCGGGACUGGGGGUCCCCAUUUUCCAACGGCUGAACUCUAGAUCGUAAGCUCUUGACUAGAAGUGACAAAAUGAACCCUGUUCUACAGAAUGGACAACUGGGCUUAUGGUGUGUCCUGGUACUCGGCCUAGUGAGAGAGCUGUGGUGCCAAACCCCCUGCCUGGUAGAUGAGAGUCGGCGGUUUGUCUCCUGCAGUGGCCGCAAUCUUGUUGAGAUCCCAAAGAACUUUUCUGUCACCCUUGAGGAAUUGGAUAUGUCUUUCAAUAGAAUUUUCCAGAUAAAAUCUGAUGAUUUUUCUGCUUACACCAACCUCCGAGCCUUAAACCUGAGCUACAAUCAAAUAGCCACGAUAGAGAAUGGUUCCUUCAACUCAAAUACUCAACUGAGGUCCCUGACCCUGUUUAACAACAGCCUGACAGAGAUGCCUUCAGCCUUGUUGGAGCCAUUGCACCUCUUGGAGUUCCUUGACAUGUCCAACAACUUCUACAACAAAUCUACUUUGGGAGACGUCUUCCAAACGUUGGUCAAUUUACAGACUUUGUCCAUUGGAGGCCCACUAGUAAGCAAAGUCCAAAAGGAUGAUUUUGUCCCUAUACGGAACAUCGGCCUCCAGAAGUUUGCUUUGAAGACCAUGUCCAGCCUUACGCUUUAUGAAGAGGGGGCAUUUUCGGUGCUCAACACACACGUUUUAUGGUUUGAUAUUGCGUUGGAUACCAACCCUCAAGCUCUUCUUCUGAUAUUAAAGGACUUGAAAGGAAAAUCGUUCGACGUCCUCCGGUUCCGUAACUUAUUUGAGAUCACUUACUACACAGACACAGUGGAUAUAUUCUCGUGGCUUCCGUCCAUCAGUACUAGGGAACUGGUCUUUUACAGAGGGAAGUUUAAUGAGAACCUCUUGUGGAUUAUGUUGGAGAACAUCCAGCGCUCUAGCAUCCUAGACCUCUCGCUCUUGUCCGUUGACUUUUCUCGUUCUCAUAGUGCCAACAAGACCAACGUAAGCAUCGACGACCUUCGUUUGCGAACCCUCCGUGUGAAAGAUGUCACCAACCCCGAUAUCUUGAGAUUUGAUUGGACGUUUACUUGGUUCAGGAAGAUCAGCAACCUUUACAUCAUCAAUGUCAACUUCAACUCUGUCCCCUGUGAUGCCUGGUCUGAAAUGUCCAAUUUAGAAAAGUUGGACAUGUCAACGGAUGAACUUGUGGACACCUAUCUGUACAACCCAUGGUGCCAGGACGUUGCAUUGCCCACGACUGACACCUUCAUACUCGCAUAUAACAAUCUACAAAGUCUUCGCAUGCUUUCUUUAUUGACAGCUAAGUGGCCCAAGCUGGCCACUCUUGAUCUUAGGUCUAAUUCCCUAGGAUCCAAUGAUGAGAUGUGUACAUGGACUCCUAGCAUAAGGACAGUAAUACUGAAGGACAACAUGCUCAAAGUUGGCGUGUUCCAAUGCUUGCCGACCACCGUCGAGUUCCUGGAUUUGUCCCACUCCCAGCUGGAACAGUUAGACAUGGACUAUUUCAACAAAGCUACAAACCUUAAGCAACUGAUUCUCAGCCACAACAAGAUUAAAUUCAUAUCCAGUGAGUGGAAGAGCCCAAACCUUCAGGUUCUUGCUCUAGAGGACAACUCUUUUGGGGUUAUUAAUGUGGGGUCUUUUAAAGACCUGCCCAAGCUCAGAAACCUGACGGCAGGAGAUAAUCCAUAUGGUUGUACCUGUGACCUUUACAGGUUUUUUAGUCAAAUUCGAGAGGAAGGUAGAAUUGUGCUUGCUGAUUGGCCCCAGGCGUAUAAAUGCUAUAGUCCACCGGACCUUCUAGACACCAAAGUGGAAUUUUACAACCCUGGGAAGGUACAGUGUGAUGUAAGACUGGUGGUCGCUAUAUCAGUGUCCACCACAGCGGUGGUGGUUAUCCUCUCCAUGUUACUCUGCUGGAGGUUUGAUGUCCUUUGGUAUGUUCAAACUAUGUUCGCCAUAGUACAGUCCAAAUACCGUUCCAGAAAUAUGGGCAAUACAAAGGAAUAUCUUUAUCACGCCUUUAUUUCCUAUAGCCACUCGGAUGCCGACUGGGUAAGAGGGGAGCUGCUUCAUCAGCUGGAGAGCUGCAGCCCCCCGUACCGAGUUUGCAUUCACGAGAGAGACUUCCUCCCAGGGAGAUGGAUCAUCGACAACAUCAUCGAGAACAUCGAGAACAGUCGCAAGAUCAUCUUCGUGCUCUCCCGCAACUUCGUCAACAGCGAGUGGUGCAAUUACGAGCUGUACUUUGCCCACCAGAGGGCCGUAGGCCAUGCACUUGAGGACGUCAUCUUGGUGGUCAAGGAGAAGGUCACUAUGGAAGACCUUCCGAAGAGGUUUCAGAAGCUCAGGAAAUUGCUGAGGACCAAGACCUACCUGGAGUGGCCUUUGGAACACACCCGGCAGCAUUUCUUUUGGAUUCAGCUGAGGAGCAUUUUGGGCAAAGUCAGCUCUCCUGUUAUAGGCCAAGACGAUCUGUUGGUGGACAACGGAGCUGCUGCUUCAUGGGAUGGUCCUGCCUCUGAAGCUCACCACGAAGAUGAAAUAUACGAAACACUGAUCCCUCAGUGACGGUACUUCUUUGUAUUGAUUAUGGUGCUUUGCAGUGUUGACCCCAUCACUGGGGUUCCAUACACUGUUGCUAUGAGUUACAAGACUGUGGAAAUGGUUCCCAUGUUACUACAUCACAUUGCCACUAGGGCCUUCUUUCCAUAGUUUGCCUCAAGCCCUGACUGGUGUACAAUAGGCUUGCUUUCCUCCUGCCACUGGGACCCACUCGAGGGUAGCAGAAUUCCCAGCACCCCCAGGGAUCAAUUUAAUUGGCUGCUAUACAUUUAUCUGGGGCCACAGGGCAUAUUAAGAGUAAAUUGGGUGCAAGGAGGUAUUUGCCCUAGUGAGGUCCUGAGAUAGAAGUGGCCCACUUGUGGGGAAGCCACGGGCACUACAGAAAUGCCCUGCUUGGCUUUUCUGUUGGGGCAAUAAUGAAAGUAUCAAGCCUGCUAAUGACAGUCCUGUAAGCCUGACCCCAGCAGUAGAAAUGCUUGGAAGUAUAUUAAGAUCUCAUACUAAUGGGUAUGAACUGAUGUAAUUUUAGAUUGCAAGCUCUAACGAGCGGGGCACACGUUGCCCCCCGUAUCAAUCAGUAUUGUAUGUAUGAUACAUACACCCGUCUAAUGUACUGCUAAUAAAUACACGUUACCUAUAACAA